AUGAAAUUCGUUUGGAUUCUGUGUGUGUUGACAACAGUGACUUUUUGUGAUGCGUCCCUGUUAGAGGGAAUUCUAAAUGGAGCUCAUGAAGCGGCUGGUGCUUUUCUUGGCGGACUUACUAGUGGUGUUCAUUUUGGUUUUAAUGCACAAGGUGGUCAUCAACGCUAUCCACCCCGCCCUAACGGACCUCAUAGACCAGGAAAACCGGAAACAGUCGUAGUCGUCGUAGAAGAUGAGCCAGAUCAACCAAACAUAGGGCGCCCGGGACAAUUGAAUACAAACGGAUAUGGUAACUUCAAUAAACCGCGUCCCAAUAACGGCUUUGAUCAAAACCCCUACCAGCAUCAAAAUGAAAAUGGUUAUCAGAAUCAGAAUUCAAACAAUUUUAAUCAAAACGGUAAUUGGAAUAAUCACAAUCACCAAAACGGGCCAGGUCAAUAUGGCAAUCAAAACUUAAAACCGAACCACCAGUUGGGUCCCAAUCCCAACAACCAUCAAAUAAACCCAAGCAAUCCACAAAACCCACACAGCUCCAAUAACCAAAAUAAUCAAUAUGACAAUUCCAAUAAUCGACCUAUCAAUCCAAACAAUCAAUAUGGAAAUGCUAAUAAUGGCCCCCUCAACUCGAACAGCCAAUAUGGGAAACCCAACAAUCAGCCUACUAUUCCAAAUAAUCAAUUCGGAAAUUCCAACAAUCAACAUGGAAAUACCAAUAACCGGCCUCUAAACCCGAACAGCCAAUAUGGAAAUCCCAACAAUCAGCCCACUAAUCCAAACAACCAAUUCGAAUAUUCCAACAACCAACAAGGAAAUUUCAAUAACCAGGGUCAACACACAAAUUCUAAUAACUUUGGAGACGUUAACCGUCCUUCUUAUUCUACUAUCGAACCAAACCAAGGCCGACCAAACAAUCAAGAACAAAAUGAAGACCACACUAUAGGAAAGCCUCCAGUGGACAAUACUAUGAAAUUCCCUGGACAAAUUAAUCAAGGGAGCUCUGAUAACAUAAAGCAGAACAACAAUGAACACAAAACAGAUAUACACAAAAUCAAAAAUAACGUAGAAAACUCUACAAAAGACCCCACAGGGGCCGAUGAGUAUCCUUUGUUCCUCCCACUAAGUCCGAAUGAAUAUCAAUAUGGAGGUGACAAAAUAGAUGUUAAUGGCCCCAAACGUGACGCAGAUAACAGUAAACCGAAACCAGCAGAUGAUGACGAGGAAUUUCAAAUUGACAUAAGAAUUGACAAUAAGUAA